AUGGAGCCUCUCGAAACAUCAGGCCAUGGGGUUCAUGCAAAAGGCAACAAGUCUCAGAACUAUCAACUCCAAGAAUCACAAAACGAUUCCCGGAGUAUGCAGGAUCCCCUUGAGCCCAGCUCCUCCGAUGUCGACGAACGAAUGACCUCAGCCCAGGACUUUAAAGACGCCAUUGAAAAAGGCAACAUCCUCGACGGGGAUAGCCUUCGCCACGCAAAGCCACAAUCCUCCACCGCCUACAACGAGCCCUCUAAAGAUGAUAUUGAUAUUUCCUGGAGACCGGAUCCGUCCGGCCAUCCCCGCAGGACCUUCUAG